GUAUUUACGUCGUGUUUACCAGUCAAAGACGUUGCUCUGAAGACAAUGAUACAAAUGACUGUAUAGGAAAAUCUAAUAUGAUAUAUUUAGCUGCUUUUGUUAUACGCUAUGUUUAUUGUGUAUCUGAUACGAAAUAUUGUCCGUUGAAUUGCCUUUCUUUUUUUUUUUUAAAUUCUGGCUGCGAGUGUUAAAUUAAGAUAACGUUGGGUUCACGGCGCCUCUAUACAACAGAUAAAGAACCACCAGAUACUCUAGUCUAAGCUAACAUUCGUGGAUAUGACCACGAUUAAGCAUAGCCUUUUGACUGCUUACACUAGUGUUAGACAUGUAAAUCUUUUUACUUUUAAAAUACAACUGCUCAAUGACUAGAUAUCAAUUAUGACUUGGAAACUAUUCAUCGUGCUGCCUGUAUAUCUUACACGUUAUGCUUUUUUCAUAUUAUCAUCCAUAUUGGGUUACUGCAGAGUCAAACUAACUUUUUUGGUUGUUGCACGGUCAUAUAACUCAAGUGCACUUAAGCAAAGAAAUACAACUCCUUUUAAUGUGAAAGGAGCAGGAAUUGCAGUUUGCAUUUUUACUCAAGGGUGCCACAUUACAAUGGACUUCCUUAGUUAUUUUCCACCAGUCAUGCAUGCUGUGGAAAAUUAUUACUUUCAUUUGUGUAUUUCCUUGUAAAAUGAAUGUGUUUGUCAGCGUAUUUGUAUUCUAACAAAUGUGUUGUUCUCACACAGCGGGUGAGAAGGAUGAACUCAGGGAAUGGCACAAAGAAGAAAGUCUGCAGGCAGCAACGGCAGCAGCGUCAAGUGAACGACAUGGUCGCUUGUGAUGCUGAUACACUGACUGAGAUUAAGGGUCUGUUCAGUAAAUUUAGAACCUAUCUCAAACCGUCCAAUGGCGAGUGGUGCAUCCCAAAUACUAGCGUGACCUUUAGCUAUUCUGCAAAAGUUCCUAAUUGCCGCCUUCAAGCCCUGAAGGUGUCACUUAAUGAUGUGAAGAACCAGCUCAGUGAUAAGAACAUCCAAGUCUGGCAUGAGCACACCAACUCUACUAACCGGGCCGGUAAGGUCAUUGCCACCGUUCGAUCCACUGCCAACGUGGAAAUCUGCACUCAGGCAUGGUGCAAGUUCUAUGAGAUCCUUGGAACCUUCCGUCUUCUUCCUGAGGUGGCGCUCCACUCUGGGGAGCUAAACACGGUUCACCUGUGUGAAGCGCCCGGGGCUUUCAUUAGCGCCCUGAACCACUACAUCAAAACCAGCGAGUCCACACGCUACUGUGACUGGAGCUGGGCCGCCAACACGCUCAACCCCUACCACGAGGCCAAUGCGGGGGGCACAACCAUCACAGAUGAUCGGUUGAUUGCCAACACUCUGCCAUGGUGGUUCUUUGGCUCGGAUAACACGGGCGACAUCAUGGUCCAGAAGCAUCUUCUGGAGUUGCAGACAUUUGUAGCAAACAUGCGUAGAGUUGAUUUGGUGACGGCAGAUGGUAGUAUUAACUGUCAGGAGAAUCCCGAUGAGCAAGAGGCGCUGGUGGCCCCACUGCAUUACUGCGAGGUCACAGCCGCUUUGCUGCUCCUGAGCCCUGGUGGCUCCUUUGUGGUCAAAAUGUUCACUCUGUUUGAGCAUUCUUCAAUGUGCUUGCUCUACCUGCUCAACUGCUGUUUCCGCUCUGUCAGCGUCUUCAAACCUGCUACCAGUAAAGCGGGGAACUCAGAAGUUUACGUUGUGUGCCUUGACUAUGACAGCAAAGAAGCUGUGAGGCCCCUGCUCUCCAAAAUCAUUCGGAAUUACGGACCACAUCUGGCGGGGCGAGAUGCGCUUUUCCCAGAAUCUUCAAUUCCACCGUCAUUUCUUACACAGCACGAGGAGAUGUGCACAUACUUUCACUCUCUGCAGGUGGAGACCAUCACAGAAAACUUGAAGUUGUUUGAAGGAAUGAGCACAGAGCAGAGGGAGAGGCUCAACUACAUCAGGGAUUGUACGGCUCAGGAAUACCUGCAGCGAUUCCAGGUGACUUUCCUCCCUCGAAGUCGGUGGAUCUCCCGUAACACCAUCAGACCUGCCUGCUGCCGUGUUUCUGCAGACAGCCUUUUGGGACAGAAGAAGCAAACAGGCUCCUUCAAUGAGCGGAGGGAAUUGCAGACCCUGAGCUGGAGGGAGCGUGUGGAGAGGGGUUGCCAUGCCAGCUGGAUACAGCAACACGGCGGUGCAACUGAUGGGCCGCCCUGCGUGCUGCAAGGACCACUGGUCAGCUCUCACGUGGAUUCCUGGUACGUUAUUGAGGGUGCAGCACUGCCCGCUGUCAAAAACUCUCCAUUCUGUGCUACAGUCUUGUUGAAUCACUUGAAUGAAACACUGGUGGCCUCAGCUGGGAACGUAGCAGUGGACUUGAAUCAUCUGCCUCCCUGUAAAUCAUGCCACACGGUUAAUGCCGCUUCCAUCUUGUCGGACGUGGCAGGUCUUUGUACUGACAAUGAAAGGAACACAAAGAAAAGGCACUGUCUGGUGUUUGGCAGCCGCUCAGUUUGGGAAGCUUGUGGCAUCUGUAAUGGGGAUUUGGUCCUAAUGUUUCCAUCGGAGUGUUCGAAUCCUCAAGGAAGUUACAGCGUACUGCAUGACGCCGCGCCCCAGUACCAGCAUCAGCUCGUUAGCUGCAUUGUAUUGUCACUGCAGAGGCUGACGUCUGGGGACGCACUGCUGCUGCCUGUGUCGUCUGCACUCAGCCGUGUCUCGGCCGCGCUGGUGCUCUGCUUGCACGCCUGUUUUCGCUUAGUGACAUUCAGGUCCCCGCCCCCUUCCGGCCUGGUCGGAGCGGUCCUUGUCUGCGUGGGCUUUUGCCCCCAAGCUGCAAGCCAUGUACUCCCAGCACUGACUGAUGUCCAGAACCGUAUUAGUGGGCUGCUAAAAGGAGAGGAUACAGAUGAAAGACAGUCGGAGGGUGACACUCAGGUGCUCCAAUUUGUGCCCAUGGAGGAAAUGCUCACUGGAGGAGUGACCGACUUCUUGUGGACUAUGAACUCUGAAAUCAUUCGACAUAGGCUGCAUUUGCUCAUGCAGGCAAAGGACGGACUUUAAAACGCCAUGUUUUUUAAUUUUUGAUCACAAAAUAAUUUUUGGGGAGACUUUUUUAAUACUACUUUUGCAGAUUUAGGCUUAGUCCAUAAUCGACAUAUAGUGAAAACUCUAGGCCAGAAACAAUCCAUUGUAAAAGUUAAAGAGGGGCAACAUAGCCUAAAAUCUAUAUCGCAAUAUAUAUUGCAGCCUCCUGUGAUAACCAUUUACAUCACAGUAUAUUAUUUGGUAUGUACAUAAUAAUAGAACCAAUUGUAAAAUGGGUUAUAUAGGCUCCUAAUUUGGCGAUGUAUGAGGUAACAUUUUGUGUCAUUUCCUGUUGUAUUAGUUUCUCAAAGCUAUUAUUAUUCUACCUGUUAAUUUACUGUUAAUAUCUGGUUACUUCCUGUCGUAACAUGGUUCUACCUACACUUCUGUUAAAAUGUAAUAAGAACUCGUUAUUCUGUUUAGUUUUGGGAGGUACUACCAAUUUGUAGUAGUUACAGGGGCAGUAUUGGCUAUAUCAAGGCUAAUACUGAUAAUUACAAUAUUCAAGAUCAUUAAAUGAUUACAUUUUUGAUCAUAAUUAUAAUCAGAUAAAAACAGGAUGGUGGCGUAACAAUAUAGUUUAAAUAUUUAAAUUGUUUCCAUCUUUUGCCUCUGAUUUAAGUAAUUCGUUUUUUUGGUUUUAAAGUCCUCCUGUGUACAGGGACUUAUUUUCUGAGUUUGUGAACAAUAACAAAAAUGACAAAACAUUUUGUGAUGAUAAAAGAUAUCCAUCUAAUCACUGUAUUAUCGACCAUAUACUGAUACUGGGUAUCGUAACUGCCUGUAUUUAUAUUGAUUCGCCUACCUUUGCUUACAUUCAAGAGCUCCAGUUUUGCAGUUAGCAUGGCUUAUUGUAUCCUCCUACGCUGUGUAGUUUUAGCAUGUUCAGCUAUUCCUCGUCCUCCAGUGAUAACAGUACAUGGAAGAAACAUAGUUUAAUUGCUACCAUGGAGGCGAAGAUUACCUACUGAAAAGCAGCUUUGCACUGGAAGGAAGUUAUCCGCCAGCGAGGACGCCACAGUGAUUUGAGGAAGCGGUCGUUCUCCUGAGCUGUCAAAUUUGGGGCAUGUGUCAUCAACAUGCAUUUUCACGAUAUGACGAUGGUAUUAAAAGUUCUAUCGUCGGCCAAAUUUAUAUCAUUUAUAUUGUGUAUGUCGCGCACCCCUAAUGGAAAUAUCAACUUAAACUGUUCCAGAGUUUAACUGUCCCGAUAUUAUAACCUUUAACUGUAAAAGCAAUAUUUAAAGUUACAUUUUAAAAUUCUUUACAAUAAACAAAUGUGAAAAUCGGCUAACACCAUGUAUGGUAGUGUAUUGUAUAAAAAUAAACCUGACUAUAUAAUUUGGCACACUUGAGUUUAAAUUGAAAUUCAGUUUUCUUACUUUGAAUGUGCAUAUUUUCUUCAUCUCCUCAAGGUCUUCACCUAAAAUCAUUUGCUGAAGCUACUCCUAAUUUGGGAAUAAGUGUCGGAAGAAAGUCACAUAAAUCAAAAGCAAAACACUGCUGAGUGUAGGAGUCAUACUUUGCCUCAAUGUGUUUGAUUAAAGUGCAAACUGUUAGUGCUCAUGUGCAAUUGACUUUAGAGGUUCUAUUGUGUUACUGUGCAUUUUUAAACAGACUUUUUAUUGUUUUGUUUUUUAACUUAAGUUGAUGUCAUGAUUUUCAAAAACAAUAUGUGGGUUACUACUAAUGAUCAAAAUGAACAAUUUGGGUUACAGAUAUUCAAGAUUCAAUAGCAAUAUUGUUGCAAUUGUGUUUGGAUAAAGAUAAAAAGAAACACCUUAUACAUUGUGAAUAUUAUUAUAAGUAUUUGUUGUUUUCCAUCAGUUCCUUGUUUUGUUCAAAAACUGCUGUGAGUUAUUUCUAAAAUACAUGUCAAAAAAGAGCUUAAACAAAAGACCCUAUUGACUCGAAUAUAAGACCCCUUUUUUAAAAUCCAUUUUGGAAAACACAUUUAAGACAAGAUUUUGAUUUGCAAUAAAGAAGAUAGCACAUUUUGUACCUGCUUGCUUAAUUGAUCACCAUUAUCCUGGAGUUAGCGUUAUAACUCUAAUGUGCGCGAGUGAUAACAAAAAGUUUCUUUCAUCAGAACUGAAGGCUUUUAGGGAAGAUUUAAAUAAACAAAAGUCCCUGAUGCUGAAUGCAGAGCCUACGGUCAUCACAGAUGGUUAGUUAGCUACUGCGGCCUACCCUGUAGAGCUGCUUGUCUCCAGCAAUGUGUUAUUUUGUCCCAGGAUGUGCUGGAGCUUUUGGCUGUAGAAUUGCUUGGUGAUGGGUUUACUCAAUGCAUUCCUGUUUUAUGAACUUCCAUCAAGAAACAAGUGUUUGUGUUGCAGGGUUACUUUGCCUCCAUGCGCUCCCUGCGAAAUUCUCCAAGAUCACAUAAUUAUAAUAUGUCAGCAGAAUGCUCUUGGGAUCUUGACUCUUUCAAUAUUAUAGAUUCGAGUUAAAAAGUAGAUCUUAAUGCAAAAAUAAAAGUCAUCAAUCAUCACUAAUCUGACACCUCAACCAUGCACCCAAACAAAUCACUCAGAUUAAUACAAAUGGUUUAAGAGAUUUAGCUUUAUUCAAGCAAACGGAGAAUAAUUACAUAAUCAUUGUUUACAAAGAGCUGACAGGAGAGAUUUGAUUUUAGUUUGUUCCAGACCACAGAUUUAAUCAUUUCUCAAUGUACUAGUCCGCCUGCUCCUUCCUCCUUUUUAUUGGAUGUUGGCAUACAAUAGAAUUUUGAUGGAUAUCGAGACCUUAAUUAGUUCUGUGAGGGAAAUGAAUAGUAUAAUAUGUUGAUGUCGUUGUGGCUUGUGCAGCCCUUUGAGACACUUGUGAUUAAGGGCUACAUGAAUAAACUUUGAUUGAUUGAUUGAUGAUGGAUACAUGUUUUGAAAGUGACUGACUGUCUCGAAUGUCACAUAAUGCAGAACACUGCUAGUGAAACGUUAGCAUGCUCAUGUAGCAUGUCAUGCUAGAUUCAUAGAGAUUGUGAUGUGUGAUGCUAAUAGUUGAAAAUUAAAAACUUUAGCCAGAAUAAAAUAAACCAGUGUUUCUUAACCAUUGUUAGGGCGGGAGCGCCCCCCCAAGAUGGCCGCCGGAAGUGUUUUUCAACUGUGGCCCUAAGGGCCGCAGCAGUACUCACUAGUAAUACACUUUUCCAUCAUUUGUGGCAGUAAUGACAAUAUCAAACAAACAAGAACUCUGCAGCUAAAGU